AUGCUUGGCGAAGACACUGGAAUGUGCAAAAUGCGCAGCAGGUCAACGCAGUGUGUCCUCGCAGCGAUAACUCCUUUGCACGAGACGGAGGGGGUGAAUCAUCGUUGUGAUCUCGCAAAAGCGCUUGCCCGUGCUGGGGCAGACGGCGAGACACGUGAGGCGUUGUACGACGACGACGACGGGGUACCAUUGGAAGUGAGGUUUCGAGCAGCAUAG